AUGGCUGGUGAGGAUAGUUUUAUAGUGUUGGUUCACCACAGAGGAUCGAUUAAGAGAAAAACUCGUUCCGGUGUCAAGUUCACCGAUAAGGAUCCUCUAUGUAUUAUCGUGAGUGCUACGACAAGCUUUGAUGACCUUGUUAGCUCUGUACUGCUGAAACUUGGUCUGGAUGGUGUGAAAAGGGUGAAGAAGUUUUUCUAUCGCAUUCCAAUCACGGUGCUCAAAGAUACCGUGAAGUAUGAUUGUUUCAUGAUCGGGAGCGAUGAGGACUUGCAGGUCAUGUUUCAUUGUCGCCGACAGUUUCCUGAAGUGAGGACACCAGAGCUGUUGGCAAAGUUGGUUGAUGUGGUGUCCAGCUCGGGGGGUUCGAAUCGGAAUACCAACACUUUAGCGACGGUUGCCGGUUCUAGCUCCAGACCUGCCGUUGCAUCCUCAGUACCUGCGUACGAGCCACCCGCCCAGCCUGUCGCCUCCCCGUCGUUCGCUGUUGAUCUCAACGGCAGUAUUGGCGACGAGGUUGGAACAGGGAAACUUCUACGUACCUCUGUACAAUGUGCUGCACCGGCUGGGGCUGGAGAUGGAUUGUUUGAUGAUCCAGAGGACGAUGAUGUUGAGCCGGAUAUGAUUGCUGAUGACAGUGGCGAUGAUAUUGGAGCGAGUGAGCCUGCCAGUGCGGGUGGUGGUUCUAGCUCUGGCACAUAG